GUAGACAGUGUCCGGGUGAAUUUACCUGUGCAGUUGCAGAUGGGGGCGGUGAAGGUUUUCCGCAGCGGCCUGGCCACUGCCCUGGAGACGGAUUUCGGUUUGUUCCUGACCUUUGACGGGGAACAUUACGCGUCGAUCUCGGUGCCCAGCUCCUACCGGAACAACACCUGCGGCCUCUGCGGCAACUUCAACAACUAUCCCGGAGACGACAACCUGCUCCCGGGGGGAAUGCUGUCGGAAUCAGUGGCAGCGCUGGGCAGUUCUGGCAGGUUCUGCCAUCACGGCUGUGGCCCGAACUGCAGCAGCUGUAGCCCGCACUCCGAGUCUACCUUCUCCAACAACCAACACUGCGGCUUCAUCAACCAAACCGAUGGACCUUUCCGGGACUGUCGCACGCCGCUGGACCCGAGCAGCUUCAUUCGCAGCUGUGUAUAUGAUCUGUGUGCCAACGCAGACAACUUCAGCAAUAUCCUGUGCCGCAUUCAGGCUUAUGCCCUCAGCUGCCAGGCGGCAGGGAUCACCAUUGGCCGCUGGAGAUCUCGUACUUUCUGCGCCUUACCCUGCCCAGAGCGGAGCCACUAUGAGGUGUGUAGCAGCAGCUGUCCCGCUACCUGCACUGACCUGAUCUCUCCUUUGUACUGUACCAGGCCCUGCACUGAGGGUUGUCAGUGUGAUGCAGGCUAUGUACUCAGUGGUAGUAACUGUGUUCCACUUGAAGAGUGUGGCUGUGAAUUCCAUGAGCGAUAUUAUUCCUUCAAAACAAAGUUCUGGGCAAAUGAUGACUGCACUCUACAUUGCCUGUGUGAGGGUCCUGGGGAGGUGCUCUGUAUAAAUGAAACUUGCUCAAAAGGAGAAUUCUGUCUUGUGGAGAAUGGGAUCCGAGGGUGCUAUCCCAAGAGAGCAGCUGUGUGUACGGUCUCACACAAUAACGGGUUACAAACAUUCGAUGGUGCUUCAUUUGAUUUCCGGGAUGAAUAUGCAUACACCCUGCUCAAAAUCUGUGGCUCAAACAGUUACAAUCUGUCAAAUUUCGAAGUCAAACUAGGAAGAAAGAAAAUGGUUAAUGGUUCUUGGAUAAAAUCACUGACUAUAAAAUUCCCUGAUCAUGAAAUAAAGAUUGGAGACAGUGAAAACAUCAUCAAGGUGAAUGCCUUUGCGAUUUCUUUGCCGUUUAUUCAUUCAUCUGGAAGAUUGAAGAUCUACAGAAAUGGAAAUGAUACCAUGGUGGAAUUAGACAACAGUUUCCAAAUCCUGUAUUCGAGUGAGGAUCAUGUGAAUUUAACUCUGUCCACUGCCUAUUACAACAACACCUGUGGACUCUGUGGAUACUUUAAUGGUAAUCCCACAGAUGACUUCCGUAAAGCCAAUGGAAAGGUGACAGAAAAUGCUGCAGAAUUUGUGGAUAAUUGGAAGACAUUUGCUGAUGAUAUGACAUGCAACGGCCAGUGUGAGGCGCUGUACACUGUGUGUACAAAUGAGGAUUUAAUUUUGUAUCAAGGAAUUUCUCUAUGUGGACUAAUCAAUGAUCCCACUAACAGCUCCUUCCUCAACUGUCAUGAAGCUGUCAAUCCUUCUCCCUUUUUCAGAAGUUGCCUGUAUUCCAUGUGUUUAAAUGGUGGGAACAUAACAGCCCUUUGCAGCUCCCUGCAGGCAUAUGCAGAUGCUUGCCUUGGUGCCGAGGUCUCUCAAGCUAACUGGAGAAGUAGCACGUUUUGCCCUCUUCCAUGUCCUGACCAUAGCCACUUUGCCGAAUGCACCUCCGCUUGCCCAAUGACUUGUGUCUCCUUGGAGCAGGAUGUGGAUUGUACGCUGCCUUGUGUGGAGGGUUGUCAAUGUGACCAGGGUUUUGUCCUGAAAGACGGUCACUGCAUUCCAAAGAGCCACUGCGGCUGUAUCUACGGAGGUUUGGAGGUCAGGACCAAUGAAACUUUCUGGUUGGACAGAGACUGUCAGACUCGCUGCUACUGUAAUGGCUCUGACAAUGCGGUAUAUUGUGAGAGCGCCUCCUGCCGUGUCGAUGAGUUUUGCUCUAGUGGACCGGACCUGUUUUCCUGCCUUCCCCGCACAGAGGCUGUUUGCAUCAUGUCUGGUUACAGCCACUUGUACACCUUUGACACUCUGGCCUAUGAUCUGCAAAGUACCUGCUCCCACAUCGUCAGCACUGUGUCCACCAGCUCCCAACAUCUGCCCCACUUCCUGGUCCAAGCUGAGAAUGAAGACCGCAACACGUCAUUGGCUCUGUGGCUUCAUCAAGUCGAGGUGAAGGUGUACGGCUACGGUAUCACCGCUUCCAAAGCCUACAAACACACAGUGAUGGUGAACGAGGAGCGGGUUAAUCUGCCCCUCAGACUGGGUCAUGGCAAGGUCAAUCUUUACUCGUUCGGUUUCUACCUGAUUCUGGAAACGGAUUUUGGUCUCAAGGUGAUUUAUGACUGGAACACCUUCCUAAUGGUGACCGUCCCCAGGAUCUUCUUCAAUUCCACGCGGGGUCUGUGUGGCCAGUUCAAUGGAGAUCCGGCUGAUGAUCUCCAGACUGCUGAAGGCGAGAUUGCAAGAGGUCUGCUGGAGUUUGCAGAGAGCUGGAUGGUGGUGAGGACUGCGUUUUGUGAGCUGGGCUGUGACCGGGUUUGCCCCUCUUGUGAGCAGGUACUCAAUCUCCCUGUGGACGUGCUGCAACUCUGUGCCCUCAUUGUGUCCAAAGACAAUGUCUUCAACCGCUGUCACGCAAAGGUGAAUCCCACUUUCUUUUACCACAAUUGUAUUUUCGACACGUGCAUUGACCGUGGAGACCGUCAGACCGCCUGUAACUGGCUUCAGAGCUACAGCAGCAGCUGCCAGGCUCAGGGGGUUGUUCUGGCCAGCUGGAGAAACCUGACCAUGUGCAUGAUCAACUGUCCUGCAAACAGUCACUACGAGAGCUGUAUGUCUGUGUGCCAACCGGGGUGUGGCACCAUCAAAACUUACCAGGACUGCAGUCGUUAUUGUGUGGAGGGCUGUCAGUGUAACGAUGGCUUCCUGCUCAAUGGCAGAACGUGCAUCCUGCCCCAGGACUGCGGCUGCUUGGCAGAUGAUAAUUACUAUGAGCCAGGGCAGUUUUUCUGGAACACUAACUGCUCCAAACACUGUCGCUGCAUGGGACGCAAUAUGGUCCAGUGUGAUUCACGCCAAUGCAAGAAUGAGGAAUCAUGUUUAAUCCGCAAUGGAAUCAGAGGCUGCUACAGUAAGAAAGACUCUUCUUGCAUCGCUGCUGGGGGAGGUAUAUUCCAGACCUUUGAUGGGGCAUUCCUGCGAUUUCCUGCUGCCUGUUCAUUUGUUCUCUCCACAAUCUGUCACAAACUUCCAGAUAUAUCCUUUCAACUGAUUGUAAAUUUUGACAAAUGGAGUUCACCCAACAUGACUGUGAUCUCCCCUGUUUACCUGUAUAUCAAUGAAGAACAGAUUCUCAUCUCAGGCAACACUGUGCAGGUGAAUGGAACCAUUGUUACAAUUCCUGUUGUCACAGGACUAACAAAGAUCUCAACUGCUGAGGGAUUUCUGAUCAUUGAUACUGUUCAAGGUAUUCAGAUCCAAUACAACUGGUUUAAUUUGCUGUCUAUCAGAAUGGGGGAACGUCUACAAAACAAGGUGUGUGGUCUUUGUGGAAAUUUUAAUGGAAACCCCAAUGAUGAUGAUUUAAGUUCUCGAGGACAACCAGCACAAACUGUCUUGGAAUUGGCAAAGAGUUGGAAAACCAAUGGCAUGCAGAACAGUUGUGAUGAAGAUCAAUACACUGCAUUAUCACUCACUUGUGAUAAUCAGGACAUCAUCCAGUUACAGAAUGAAGGAAGGUGCCUGAAACUCACUGAAAUGAAGGGAUUCUUCCAGCCGUGUUAUGGCUUCAUCAACCCAAUGCCAUUUUACACAUCCUGUGGAUUAGAUACUUGUUACUGGGAUGAAAGAUCACAAAUCUGCAGCUCACUGGCAGCGUACGGAGAAGCAUGUCGUUUGAGGGGGAUCCUGAGCACUGACUGGAUUCGGCGAGAAAACUGCUCAGAAUUGAUUGAGGACCCAUGUGCUGGAGGCAUUUGCACCAACUACAGUUUAUGCCGACAGAGUAAUGGUGAUCUCUGUGGCUGCCCAGAAGAGCCAAGCCCACACAGUGAUGAUAUCGUCCAGGCAGACGUGGUGUGUAAAUAUUCACAGAUGGACGUUUAUAUUUCCAAAUGUCGACUUUAUCAGUUGGGCUUUGAGCGUGAAGAUGUUCGAAUUAAUGAUAUACACUGCAUGGGGUCAGAAGGAGAUGAUUUUAUUGCAUUUCACAUCAAUAAUACCAAUCACAAUUGUGGCAAUAUUGUGAAAACAAAUGAGACGCAUAUCAUGUAUGUAAAUACUGUCUGGAUCGAAAGUCUGAACAACACAGGCAACGUCAUUACUCGUGAUAGAGUCAUUAAUGUUGAGUUCUCCUGUGCCUACGAACUUGACCUGAAAGUUUCUCUUGAAACUGUUGUGAGGCCAAUGCUGAGUGUUGUCAACCUCACUCUUCCCACCAAAGAAGGUAGUUUCAUCACCAAAAUGGCUCUGUAUAAAAAUUCAUCUUACAAGUUUCCAUAUCGAGAAGGCGAGGUGACACUCACAACACGGGACGUCCUGUAUAUUGGAGUGUUUGUCGAGGGAGCAGAUGCCACUCACUUAAUUCUGGUCAUCAACUGGUGCUGGGCCACUCCAUCCCGGAAUCCAAAGGAUCGACUACGCUACAUGAUAAUAGAGCAAGGAUGUCCAAACUCAAACGACAACACUAUCAAGAUGGAGGAGAAUGGAGUGUCUCUCACCUGCCGUUUCCACCUAGUUGUUUUCAAGUUUAUCGGUGAUUAUGAGGAGGUCCAUCUGCAUUGUGACGUGACACUGUGUGACUCCAAUACAAAUAACUGCAGAGUUACUUGUCCAACAAACAGCAGGAGGCUCUCCAAUGACAACUGGCUACAAACAAAAGAGCAGAUUCUGUCCGUUGGACCCAUCAGGAAAAGAGCAGCUGAUUGGUGUGAGAAGGACAACGGUGGCUGUGAACAGAUUUGUACGAGUCAGGUAGAGCACGCAGUCUGCAGCUGUACCACUGGAUUUCUGCACUGGGAUGGAAAACACUGUCGAGCUUUAAGUGCUUGUAGUGAGCCAGCGAUUCUCCCAACACUUCUAGUGAUGACACAGCUGUUUGGCUGGGUACUGAUAAACACACCAAACCUGAAACUGUAAUAACAGUGAAGACAGAAGCAAUCACUGGGAACAGGAGUACGGUGGCAUUGAUCAGAAUUUAAGCAGCAACGCAUUUUUGUACUGUUGGGGAAUUUAUGUCAAAUUAACUGUUUUAUUUAAGUAUUAGUACUAUAGUGAAGGAUCAUAAGGUCUGGAUUUUGUGAUGAAUUUAGUGGCAUGAGAACUCAAUCCUUUACCUGGAGGUAGUCUGAACUGUUCUUAGUUUUAAGAUUUCAGCCAUUUUCUGAGUGUUGGAAGAUC